UUGAACACUGUGAUCUGGAUGCUAGCUAAUGUUCUAUUUUAUCAUAUUCGCGCUGUCCGCCGCAUACAUUAAUAUAAUAAUGGGCUAGAUAAAUACAUUUAUUUUUGCAUUUAGACGUAGUAUUAAAUAACGUAGCAUAAUAUUAUAUUGUAAAACUGAAAUUAUUUCUGAUAAUUUUAUCAUAUUCGCGCUUUUUUUUUAUUUCUGAAUUAUUUUUGAUUACAAUAAGUACUUUAGUAAACAAUAAGUAGUUUACUACUGAAUAAAAGUUUGACAUACUUAACAAAAUGUCAAAAGUGUCUUAUGCUUGCUUGCAAUAUUUAGAUGAUAAAAUAAAAUAUUAUUAUGCACCGAUAGAGACUAUAUUUUAUAAGAAGAAUGAUCAGAGUCCUAUCGUUGGAAAAGAUUUGCUAGAUUUUGAUAAGACACACAAAUACUAUGUUUUAUGGUCAAAAGGUAAAAAUGAAGUACCUAUUUCUGGUCAAAGAGAUGAUGAAUCAGAAUUUUAUGCUGCCUAUAUUGUAUGUCUAGGAGAAACGGAAGAUGAUGCUAGACUCAGAGCAAUAAGUAAAUCUAAGCGAUUAAUUGUUCCAAAAAAAAUAACUUCCAGUGAGUCUAAUGAAAGUUUAUUUGAAAGUCAAGAAUUGAAACCGAAAACUGGAAAAAUUAUUAAAAAUGUAGUUCAAAAAGUAAACAGUCAACGAACAAUUGAGAAGUAUAAACAAAUAACUCUCAUGAAUAACAGAAAACCAUUAUUUCUUGGUACUAGUACAAAUGAAUAUCUAACAGAAAAUAAUGCAAGGAAUGUUCAAAUUGAUUCUACAAUACGCAUACAAAAUUCAAAGGAGACGAAAACAAUGAACCUACCUGAAGUUAGAGUAGUUUUACAAGAUAUUUGUAAAACUAAUAGAGAUGAAUUGAACCAUAAAAAAAAUGUAACUAUACGUAAUAUGGUUAAGUGCGUGUCAUUACCUAUUGCUUUUUCAACUCCCAAACGCACAGUUGAGAAAUGUUCACUGUCACUGAAUUUCCAGUGUCAUAAACCAUAUGAGCGAUGGACUCCACAAGCAGAGUUUACAAAAUCACAACAAGUAAAUAUCCAUCAGAAUUCUCUGUCCUUAGAAAGAGAUGAUAAUGUUUCCGUAUCCAUACCACAAUUUUCACCGAUUCUCAAUGGUUCGCACUUAUCACAAUCACAAACACCACGAAGAUUAAGAGAUAAGACGCCCUUUCGUUUACAGACUCUGCUAACUUCUACAGUAAAUGGUCCAGGAGAUCAUCAUUCGCCAAGUGUUGGUGUUUCAAAGAUGCGUUGCAAUAGAUUAUCGACUUUGCAAAAGAUUCCGCGUUUAGAUUCUCCACUACCUUCAGACAAACGCGCUUCACAACAUUCGCUUUCAAAUGCUUCUCUAAAUUUAGAUUAUAUUGAUCAGUCAGAUCACUCUGAUUUAAGAAUGCCUUCACGUUCACGGAGAGGUCGUUUGCCUUCUAUAGCUUCAGAUUCGUCAUCAAGAUAUAAAGAUAUUUCAGGACCGAAAAGUCAGUCGUCUACACCAUUUGUGCCUUCUAAUAGGUUGUAUUCGCCAGUUAUGUCGUCUCCACAAGAGCCUUCUACUCCUACUAGGUCAUGUUCAGAAGCAAGAUCUGUAAGACGUUCGCUCUUGAACAGUCUCUCGCGUUCUGUAGCAGAAUUUCGAACAGAACAAGAAACACCACCAAGACGGACAGGUCCACGUUCUGGAGCGCAAGAAGUAGUGCCUACUCGCACACCGCCGAGACGACCAGGCCCACGUUCAGUAACCCAAAAAGUAGUGCCUACUCGCACACCGCCGAGACGACCAGGCCCACGUUCACUAACCCAAGUAGUAGUGCCUACUCGCACACCGCCGAGACGACCAGGCCCACGUUCACAAACCCAAGAAGUAGUGCCUACUCGCACACCACCGAGACGACCAGGUUCUGCUUCACCAGGAAGAGAAGAUAUUCAAGAUAACGAAGACGAAAAUGAAAAUUUGGAAGUUUAUGCAGGAGGAGAAUCUGAUUCUGCCGUUCCAAUGCUUGAACAGUACAAACCCAAGUUAUUAAAAAAAUACAAUAAAGCAGGGUACGACUUGGACUCUAAUAUUCCUGAACAACACAAAAGAUACGACAUUGUUAGGAAUAAGAUAUACCUAGGUGAAGGCAGGACAAUUGGACAGAAAUCAUGGAGGAUCAUUAAAUCCAAACGAAAGAAUGCAUUUUUAAGAGACUUAGGAACUAUUUUAUGGACAAAAAAAGUUAUAGCUUUAAAAAGUUUAGAUUUAAGUAAAUUGAAAAAAAAUACCUUUGGAACAAAGCCCAUUCAGCUUUAUUCACCCAGAAAACUAAAUUUAUAUCUAAGUUUGUACAGCGAUUUCCUUGACACUUCUAAUAGGUAUAAACAAUUACCGCAGGAAACCAAAGACAUUCUUAUAAAGGAUGCGACUGAAAGCUUAAGUUUUCACUCAAGAGAUGAGAGAAAACACCAAGAUGAACCAAAUGAUUGAACCAAAUAAUUAAGCUUAAAAACUUGAAUGUUUAGAUUACAUAUUUCGUAACAUUAAGCUUAUAAAUUUAGAACUGAAUGAUAAAUUGUUAUGUUAGUAUUACAUCUUGUGUAAAAAUUAGUUUUGAAAACUAAAAAAAAAACAGUUAUGUUCAAAUUACAUUAUAUGAAAAACCCGCUUUAAUGAAAAUAAAUAUUUUUCUACUUA